CUGGAACAAAAAAAAAAGUUGAACGAACUUUUUUCUUUUUUAACGCGUUUUACGAAAAUGUCAUCGUUAAGCAAGAUCGUCUUUGUUACGGGCAAUAAGAAUAAGCUCGCUGAAGUACAGCAGAUCUUGUCCAGCACAAUUCAAGUGGAAUCGCAUAAAGUUGACUUGCCUGAAUAUCAAGGAACUACACAAGAGAUCGCAGCAAAGAAAUGCCAACUGGCUGCUGAAAUGUUGAAUGGACCUUGUAUCACGGAAGAUACCUGUUUAUGCUUCAAGGCCAUGAAGGGAAUGCCUGGUCCCUACAUCAAAUGGUUUUUGGAUGCCACCGGCCCUGAAGGACUUGUAAAAAUGCUGGAUGGUUUUAACGAUUAUUCUGCUUAUGCACUCUGCACAUUUGCCUAUUGCCAAGGACCUGGCCAUGAACCCAUCAUUUUUGAAGGAACUACCGAUGGCAAAAUCGUGCCUCCGCGUGGUCCUCGUACAUUUGGCUGGGAUUGUGUUUUCCAGCCUGACGGUUUCGAUCAAACAUAUGCUGAAAUGUCAAAGGAAACCAAAAAUACCAUUUCGCAUCGUUUCCGUGCUUUGGAGAAAUUGAAGGACUACUUGGGCUCAUUGUAAAAUAAGUUAUAGCAAAGUAGAGAAUCGUUCCAAAAACACGUAAUAAUAAAUCAACAACAUCAACG